CCGGAAAACGGAAGCUUUCCACGCCUGUCGCUCCCGCCAUGUGAGAGAAACAUCGGAAAAGUCGAAAAUGUCAGCGACGGAAGUCAAAGAUCCCCCUUCAAGGAACCGCUUCACGAAACUCCCGAUCCAUCAGCUGAACCCGAGUUAUACAGUGCGAGUCAUUUGUUGCGUGUUCUUCAUUUUCCUCACAGAAAUUUUCUUGGCGCACUACAUAUACAGGUUGAUCAAUUCCGAGGUUCGUGAAGACUACGUCGCCAAAACUGGCUUCAAGCAGCUGUUCUUGAACGAAAUCAGGAGCGACAAUUUCCGCGAUGAAAUAAAGAAACUUAUCAAGGAGUUUGAAGGUGCCAAAUCGAAUCACUCGAGAGAGAAACGAAGUGUAAAACACGGUAUAGAGUAUAAUUUUCUGAGCGCUGAGGCCGAAGAACCGCAAGUGGAGUUUUUCAAUCCAAAGAUUAGGGGCAAUUUGGAGGAGAAGGACGAGGAGAUUAUAAGGAAGACCGGGAGUAAAGGAGCUGCUCCAGGUGGGGACUCAUGGAUUUGGGUGACCAGUUCUAGUAGGAUACCGGAAAAAGCCUUAGAGGGUUACUGCCAGAAGGUCCAAGAAUUCUGCCCCAAAGUGCCUGGACCACAAGGCCCACCAGGACCAAAGGGUGAAACAGGCCAUAUAGGAAUGAGGGGUUUUCCAGGCAUUCCUGGGGAUAUGGGAAAUAGAGGUUUUCCUGGACAUACAGGCCCUGUUGGUCCAAAAGGAGUACCUGGUUCAAAGGGUCAGAAGGGAGAUAAAGGCAUGCGAGGAACACCUGGCUUACAAGGGAAAAAAGGAGAACAAGGGCGUCCAGGAUUGGAUGGACGUGAUGGUCUUCCUGGAGAGCCCGGUUUGUAUGGUCGGCCAGGCAGAAAUGGAUAUGAUGGUGCUGCUGGAAAAGAUGGCAUACCUGGAAAAGAUGGAAGAGAUGGUAUAAAUGGGUUGAAAGGAGAACGUGGUCCUGCCGGCCCCAUUGGCCCACCCGGUCAAAGGGGUCUUACUGGUCCGCGAGGUCGUCCAGGAAAACCCGGAACGCACGGAACUCCAGGAAUCCCUGGAAUCACAGCAUGGAAAGUUUCCGAGAAAAAUACUACGAAAUAUCUCAUUCCACCUUCAAUUGCAGGAGCUCACUCUGGUCCUAUGGGUCCGAUUGUCGUCCACGAGGGUGAACAUGUUCGUCUCCAUUGUUCGGCCACAGGUGUCCCUACCCCCCGAAUAACAUGGCAGAGACUCGACAACCGCCCCAUCAAUAGAGGAGCUUGGCAAGAUGUUCAAGCGUCUGGACCUACGCUUAACCUCACACAAAUAAAUCGGGAUCAUAUGGGAACCUACAUGUGUAUAGCUGAUAAUGGUGUACCUCCGCAGGCGAAUCAAACUUUCCUCGUGGAAAUUCACUUUCCUCCCCUCAUCCGCAUUUCUAACCAGAUGCUGGGGGUUGCGAAUGGAUCAACAGCUAUUUUAGAAUGCGAGACUGAGGCUUUUCCUGAACCCUUGCGAUACUGGGAGCGUUCAGACGGCCGCCUUCUGGAAAACGGCGACAAAUACAGGAUGGACAACUCCCUCGACAGGAACGGCUAUAGGUCUCGGAUGCAACUGAACAUAACGAGGAUAAAUCCUACCGAUCUGAGCUAUAAAUACUACUGCAUAAGCAAGAACGAGCUGCAAACCACCCGAGGAGAGUUUCAGAUGAAUGAAAUCGACCCAAGAAUGCCUCUACCCCCAAGAAUAACCACAGAACGUGGCAAGGAGACUAUUUUCGGCGUUCUACCUCCGGAUAAGGUCUCCCUCGAGGAUCUUUGCGGGCCCCCUAUUCAAUGCCCUGAGUGCGACAUCAGGGAACCCAUUAAAUGCAGCACCCCCAGCGGAGUGUCUCUCAUUGACCUCCUCAGUAGGUGGGAGGUGAGACCAUUCCAAGAUAAUAUCACGUACAGCGGGUUCACGAACAGGUCAAAAGAUUGCGUUCUUUACGCUGUUGGAAAACCUGUGUACCAUCGUUACACCGAACAUGUCUACGGUUGCUGGAUGAGGGAUUCAAAUCCGCCCAAUGAAAAGGAGGAACAGAAGUAUUGGGUGACGAAAGAAAGCGAACCCACUAUUUUAUAUGAAUAUGAUAAUAAGACGAUGUACAGGAGAGAUAUACCAACCAAGGAAUACAACUUAGAUCAUCCAUUCGGUGGAAACACCCACGUAAUUUAUAAUGGUUCCUUUUUCUACAAUGUGUUGAAUACCAGGCGGAUCAUAAAAUAUCAUCUUCUUAACGAAAGUACGGUCUCCCUGGAUCUUCCCACAGGCGGAGGCAGCUCAACGAAUGGCUCUAAUAAGCUCUAUUCCGACCAGCACAAUACAGUGGAUUUUAGCGUCGACGACAACGGUUUGUGGAUGAUAUUUGCAGUGCCUGAUUCGAACAACACGGCCGUUAUGAAGGUGAACAUAGAAACGAUGAAAGCCCAGUAUAUUUGGAACAUAAGCCUGGACCAUCAUAAAGUAGGCGAAAUGUUCAUCGUCUGUGGAGUUUUGUAUGCAGUCGACAGUGUGACGGAAAGAAACAGCAAAAUACGAUUCGCGCUUGACUUGUACAAAAACAACCUGCUCGACGUGAAUUUGUCAUUCACGAAUCCAUUCAGGAAAACUACGAUGCUCGGUUAUAAUGCGAAGAGCCAGGAACUGUAUUCGUGGGAUAAAGGAAACCAAUUAACGUAUCCAGUUCGAUAUCACGAUAUAGGGUAUAAUGUGACAGGGAAAGAGGAUAAAACUGAAUCAGCAGAUGGAUUACGAUAAUCCCAACCCAACGGAGAAACGGCGAAAAGUGACACGCGCUAUACAGGGUUCGACGACUUUCAAGGAAUAGGGGAAUGUUUGGAAGAGUUUUUUAUUUGUAGGCGUUUCUGAAUGGGGUGGAUGAUAUUGUAUAGUUAUGGAAGAAGUAUCUUUGUGAAUCAAAAUUUUGAAAUAAAACGUAGUUUGAAA